GUUGUGGUAAACACGUGGAAUUUGAAUAAUUAAAUUGUCAUCUAAUUGAUUCUUUGAUUGAAAGAACUGUUCAAGAUAAUUCAGUUUUCGUUGUUCAUUUGAAAUUUAUUUCUUUUUAUUCCAUUAAGUUAUUUUGUCUCACAAGCAAAAGAAAUGCCAACUUGGGAGCGAUGGAGAAAACGUUUGGAUGAGAUUGAGAAUUUGAUUGGUGACACUUUAGAACUACCAAAGACUCCUGACAUUCUUAGAGAUUUGAAACUUCUCGAAGCUGACACCUGUAAAAUAAUCGCUUCUCGUCAGGAAUGGCCUGCCAAUGUUCAAACUCGACUUUACUCAACUCUGAUUAAAUUGAUUGAUAUCAUUUGGAAUCUUCUCAAAUCAACAAUUGCACUUUCAUUAAGGCAAAGUCUUUACACUCUGUGUUUGGUUUCACUUCGGACUCUUGGACACUUGUUGAGUAUAAAGGAUUGUUCAAUCGCCGCCGAAAGCACUUCCAUGCUACUUGAUUUCAUCGAUAAAAUUGUUUUCACCAAAAUUUUAUAUUCUUCUGAUCUUGUUUGCAUCGCAGUCCAUUUAUGGGUCACUGUUCAACGGAAGUUUUUUGACAUAAGUUACACUGAAUUAAUGAACACCAUUGAAACUAAACAAUUUCCUGAGAGUAUAAAACUUGCUUGUAUCAAUAGUUUGAUCUGUGAGUUCCCUGAUCCUGAGCUGUUAUCGUUCAUCUAUGAAUUUGAUCAGACAUUUUUCCUCCAUCCCCAAGAGCCACUUCACCAUUCGGAUAACGAAGUAAAUGUCAUUAAGGCCAAAUAUUGUCUUCAACUUUGCCAAUCAUUGAACAAAACCACCGGUAAAUUGCCUCAAGAAGUUGAGGAUCGACUCUUUUUCUGUACAUACAAUCAUAUCUCUGAUCGCUUGGAAACUUCUGUUGAUAUAAUCAAACAAUUAUGUUUUGAUAGUCUACGAAAUCUAUUACAAUAUGAUCAUCUUUAUCGUAAAGAUGAACUUGGUCGUCUCCUGUUAUCCCGAAUCGAUUCUUACCUUGACGAUUAUCAAGGAUCACUAUUCCAUGCCAUUUGUAUUGCCGUUGAAAUUUUAGGUGUUGAAAAGUCAUUCAUAUUCUGUCCUUCGUUGGUUGAUUAUUGUUUUAAAUUUCUCGAAGAUCGUAACGAUGUUCCCAAUUAUCUCGUUGAUUUGGUCGCCAGAAUAUGUUCACAUAAAUUACAAAUUUUCGUUGAUAAACUAACCCAAACAACAUCCAAUGCAAGUCUCAAAGUUAUCGAUGUGAUUAUACCGAAACUCUGUAAGAAAGAUCCGUUCAUAAUUAAUCGUCUAGUUGGCCUUGGUCUUCUUGAUGAUCCUAAAGUUAAUCUUAAAUUUAAAUUGAAACUUCUUCACCUUUGUAACAAUCAACCUUCAUACAAUGAACCUUUAAAUACUCAAGGAUUAUUACGAGAGUCAAUUUAUCAUUACGAUGAAUCAACUCGUCUCCAAUCACUUGGUGUAAUCAUCGAGACUCGUAAAUUAUCAACUCCACUUCCCGCUGAGCAAUUAGAUUUAAUCAAGGAAUCACUCAACAUGGGACUGACCAUUCAAGAGCCAUGUAAUCGUCAACGAUUUCUGGUCCUAAUGGAUAAACUAUUCAAACGAUUAAAGUGCUCCCUGGAAACUGCAAUCAGAGAAUCGCGUCAACAAGAUUGUGUUACAAUCUACAAAUCAUUCGUAAUUAGAAUUUGUGAGAUUUGUUUCAAUAAUCUUUACAUUGAUGGUUAUUUUGCUCGACGCACAUUGGCCCUCGAAUUGAUCCAAAUGAUCAUCAACAAUUUCUCAUCCAUUGAUGAAUUUGAGCCAAAGAAUAUUUUCUCAUCCCUUGAACUUUCAAGUUCAAUUUAUAUCACCCUGAUGAAUUGUCUAAUUGAGGACAGUUUAGAAGAGACUAAACAAUUAGUUAUAACAGUUCUGGUCACUCUGGUCAAAACGAAUGUCAUCCAAUUAACACCUGAGGAUAUUUUGCUAAUCCGAGAAAAAGCUUUCACAAUGUUGCUCAAUAUUAAUCCGAUCAAUGUUAUCUCAGCAUCUUACCUGUUCCGAUGUUUAACCAAAAUUGUCUCUCUCGAUGAUUUACCUGCUCGAAUUGACAUUAAUCUUGAUUUACUGGGCAUCUUAACUGAUCAGGUUGAAAAGGCGAUUCUUGAGACCAAAGAGUCAAUCAUCGAUGGUGCUGUUUAUAAUCCAAUCCAUAGUAGAUUAACCUCUAUCCAUGGAUUAAUUGAAUCUCUUGACCUUGAUUGUUUCACUUUACGUCAACCAGAAUGGAUCUCAUUGAUUGAUCGUAUUGGUAAAAUUUGUUUCGAUGCAAGUGAAGUGGUCAGUUGUAUCGUUUGUAAUGAUUCACCUGAAGGAUUUUUACCAAUGGACCUGAAACCACUUGACGAUGAAUUAGUCAACAAAAUGAUGGGACGUGAAUGUCCAUCUAGUCCAAUCGUCGCUGAAAAGCGUCUUGAUAUAACCUCUCAAAUGUUGCUGAUUUUCGGUUGGAAAACAAUCAAAGAAUCAUCUUUAAUUCUUGGAAAAAUUUGCGAAAAACUUGACCAUAGUCCGAUUGAUCUGAAGUCAUGUCAUCCAUCAUCGACAAUCAUUGAUUGUUGUUUCGUGGAAAAGGUUCUAAACUAUUUUGUUCAUCAUCUAAAGGAACUCAAGCAUCGUGGUGCCUUUGAACAAGCUUACACUGGUUUCUCUAUGGUGGUCAAGUGUAUCUGGAGAAAACCUUGUCCGUGUUUGAAAGUGGUCGAAUCUCUGCUUGAUGAGAUUCUCGCCGAUCUUGACAACGAAAGUCAAGGAAGUGAAUCAAGUGGACCAAAGUGUAUUACUCGUCGAAGUGCUGGUUUACCUUUUGUUACUCAAGCGAUUGUUUCUUCUGAACCAAAAGAGAAUCGAAACAAAUUACUUGGUCAUGUAAUCAACAGGUUGGUUGAAAUUUGUUCGAAACAAUCAGCUGAAGAUUGGCAGAAAGUUCAUUGUUUGAAUGUGAUUCGAGCUCUAAUGAAAGAUCAACGUCUUGGUGAUCGAGUUGAUUCCUUCAUUGAAGAUUGUCUCAAACUGACAAUCUCUUUCUUUGGUUAUCCAAAUUAUUCAGUCUCCAAUUCGGCUUCAAUUCUGUUCAGCGCUCUAAUGGUUCGUAUAUUUGGUGUUAAUCGUUCCAAGGAUUACAAUCACAAGAAAAACUCCAUGUCAGCAAAACACUUUUUCCUACGAUUUCCUUCAAUGGACACAUUCAUUUCUACAAAUAUUCAACAAAUCGACGGUCAUCAUGUGCUACCAAUCAUCUUGAUUAUCCUUCGUCUUUGGCCUACAAUUCAAGAGUCCGAUUGUCUCCUGUUAGCCUACAAGGAACCUCUUGAGUCUCUAUGUUUCAAAUCACCUGUUGCAAAGAUUCGUGAUCUUGCCGCUCAAGCAUUGGCACAAGUGAUCAGCGCCGAAGAGAAAUUGAUCUUUCAAUCAAUGGAAUUCAUCUGUAAACAAUUGAACAAAUCAGAUCUUCCUUACAAUCAUCAUGAUGGUUUAAUAUCAUUCAUGUACAAUUGUGUUCGUCAUCAUGUGAAACAGAUUGAAACUGAUCGAUCUCAUAAGAAUUUAAUUGCCAGUUUAACUGAGCACACAAGUGAUUUACUGGAAUCAUUUAAAACAGGGUCGAAUUCAAGUUCAAGCGAAUUGAUCGAAAGACCAUUACAUUCUUAUAGUCGAUUUAUAAUGACGGUGGAAAUCCUAUUAAGGGAACAAUUAAUAAUUUUUGAAGAUCAAAUGGUCUGUGAUCUACACACAAUUUGCUUAAUUUUACUCUCGCAAUUCAAAUCCAAUCCACAGAAUGUGCAAUUUGCUAGUUGUCAAGAUUUUCUCGUCAAAUUAAUCUACUUUUCCCUUUAUUAUUCCCCAAUCGAUAUACGAAACAAAGUGAUCUUUAUACUCUCCUCGCCCACACUACCAACAGAGAUGAUACACUUUCGAACAGUUUUGUUCAAAUUCUUGUCCGAUUCUUUGGUAAAGAAAUUGGAUCCACUGGAAGGGUCGGUUCGCGAUGAGAUAAUGUCCGAUUUCGAGCUGAACGUUCCUGAAGCUUCAUUUGAAGUCGAACCUCAAACGAAAGUGAUCGAACCAAUCAAAGUUCUGCAAUUUAUAUCAUCAUGUCCCGAAUAUAAAUGUCUCUUCGAAAAUGGUUCAUUAACAUCAUUCCAGCCUCAACGAAAUGUUCAACAACUAUUUUAUCUCCUUCACUGUGCAAUCUCUCGUAUUCCCAGUGACCAAUUAACCAACUGGUCACUUUUAUUUGAUUCUUGUUUCACUCUCUUUGAAUCAGUUGAUCCUGCAAAGGUCAAUGAGGAAACUUUGGCCCUUUUUUACCUCAUCUUAUCCGAUAUUUGGUCUCACCAGAUCAAUUCAUCAUCGGGAAUGUUGUACCAUGAGAAGCUCAACAAAUAUUGUGAGGCCGUUAUAUCAAUAUGUAGUAUCGAUCGAAGUGAUUUGUCCAGGAAGAUUGCGGUCACUAUUGUUGGGUCACUUUUACCAAUAUUGAUAAAAAUUGCAGCAUUUAAUAGAUCGAGAAAGUUUUAUCUUCCAUCAAUCGCUUCUCUAUGGCGAUCAAUUCCUAAUCUACUUCAGGAUAAUGAUCCAACAAUCAGAGAAUUCACUGCAAUCAUGUGUCAUCAAUUAGCUUUAAUCUACUUUCAACCACCGACUAAUCAACUUCCCCAAGGUUCACUUUUAAAUUGUUCAUUUCAAUUGUUAUCAAGUAUAUUCACAAAUCUUGAUAAAAGAGAUUCACUUCGAGUGGUUUUAUUUAAUCUAAUUAAUGAUCAAAAAUCAAUCAGUGAUCAUGAUGAUGAUAAAGAAAGAUUUUUCGAUAAAAGUAAAAUUAAUUUCAUCGAAGAUCCAAUCCAGUUAAUUACAAUUGGUAAAGUUUAUUUGGAACAAUUAAUUUCUUCUGUUGAUUGUAACUUUUUCCAUUCAUCUCUUACCUGGAAAAACAAUCAAUCAACAGGUGGACAACAACAAAGUGGAUUAGUUGAUUAUUUUCACGAUUUGCAAAACAAAUUAAAUUCGUUAACCUCUCAUUUUCUGUCGAAAUUAAAUGAUCCUAAUUUAACCUUAGAAGUUAACAAAAUGUUAAUCAUGAUACAAUUAUGGAUCCAAUCAAAGUCUCUCUGUGUUGAUUGUGAUCAAGCCAAAAAGAUGAUCAAAAAUGGAUUGGAAAUUAACAACUACCAAUCCAAAGUAAUCUUUUCAAUUGCCGGUGAAAUUAAAUCACUAAACAAUCUGCUAACUAAUCAUAUUUAAAAUUCUCUGUAAAUUUGGUCACUUCAUUUUAUAAAGUUGAUCAGUUUUAUUUUUGUUCAAUAUUUUUAAUUAUCUAUUUAUGAAUUUUGAUAAACUGUUAUUAAAGAUACCAAGAAUAUUCUCUAUCUAA